AUGCUAAAAUCUAAAACUAAAGAUUUAAAUUCCCGCAAUCAAAGACCAUCUGAUCUAAAUGGGAACCAAUCGACUAAAGACUCAGCUAAACAAAAGAAAAAGUAAUCAAAGGUUCAAACUAGCUCUUCAAAUAAUGGCUUAGCAAUAGGUUAUAUGUCUCCAAGAUAAUAAAAGCUACAUAAUCUAAGUAUGAAGAAUAAUUAGAUUCAGGAUUACAAAGCCAAGUUCAAGCCAGUAAUUAAAAAGGUUAAAAAUAUUUAGAGAAAUGCCUGUGAUCUGAAAGUUGGAGGAGGCGGUAGUGAUACAAAGGACAAUAAUGUUAAUCAUGUGCCAUUUUAGAGUAGGCAGUACAAUUAGAGUGUAAAUAAUGUAGUUAUUACUGAUAGAACAGAUUUCUCUCCCAAACCCCAAGCACGUUCAGAGUUGAAUCCUUAUCAAGAUUCAAUGGUAUAAUAAAACUCCAAAACUAAUAAUAAAGAGUCUCUUUAAAAAUCAUCUAGUUAGGGAAAAUUCUUGCAUCUGUUUAAGGCAAAGAUAGAUGAGCAAAGAGAAAAAAGACAUUAAAGCACUAAUAGAGACAUUAUAGCUUUUACAAGUUCAAAAAGUAAACACAGAUUCUUAUCUGAGGGUCGAAAGUUUACUGAGAUACACAGCAAAAGAAUGCUUUAUGAAAUUAAAAAAUUCAAGGAAAUUAUUAAGUAAAGGUUUGAAACAAGUUCGAUUAAUAACUAUGUGUUUCCAAGAUAAUAGCCUAUGAUCCGUUUAAAGAGUUAAUCUCCGAGAUAAUCACCGAGAUAAUCUCUUCAAGUACAAUAAAGCUUCAUGUCAAAUAGAAUAUCGCUUAAAUAAAACAACUUUGUUGCCCAGCAUCUUAGAUCUGAAUCACAUGACAAUCAAAUUGGAGCAGUCAUUUCAAUUCAUAUAGAUGAAAUACAAGAUAUUCCUCCUCAUAUAGAAAGUGAGAUUGCUUUAAAAUAGAUGCAUAGAUCUGAAUCUCAGGGUUUAAAAUCUAAUAUGCAGUCAUUUCAAGAAACUAGAAUAAAUAGCUCUUAGCUGAAUGAUAGAAUUAUGUAAAAUAUUUUGAAAAAUAAAACACAACAUCAGAAAUUGUUGUUUAAAACUCCUCAAAAAACUGAUCUAAUAAUGGAUUUUAAAGAGAAAAAGACGACUCCCUUUGCUGGGAAUCGUUUGAAAAUCAAUAAUGAUUACUAUGAUUAAGCCGACACAUCUUAAAAUAAAAUGCUAGUACUUCCUAAAACUACAACACCAAAGCAUCAAGUAUAGAGUAAUAAAGAAAGCUUGCAUUCUAGUGUAGUUGCCAAUUAAUAAAUGGUUGGAGUCUCUCCAAAAGUAGGCUUAAGACAUAUAUCUAUUUCUUAGAAGUAACACAAUCUUAAUUAGAAAUUGUAAAGAUUAAACCCAAUGGCUUAAAUGAUACAGAAUAGUGUACUUAUCCAUAAUUCAAAUUAAUCUAUGGCUGAAAAACAAAUUAAAAAUUUAAGGACUAGAUUAAGUGGAGAUGUCAAUUAAAACAAUACUAAGACUAACAAUAGUUCAAGAUAGAAUGAUGUAAGAAAGAUGAAAUCUGAUAGAAUUAAAAAGAAUGCUUAAAAUACUUAGCCUGGUGAUUUAACGUAGAAUCUUAUGUUUAGAACAAACAUUGAGGACUAGGGUAGAGAAAAUCAGUUUUUGUCAAGUACUUAGAAAAAUCUUAAAUAAAGACCAAGAAAUUAAUCUAUAGAUGAAAUAGAGUAGAUUAUCAAGAAAAGUUCAAGUGAGUUGUCUCUUAAGAGAUCAGAUUCUGCUUCUGGAAUGAAAUCACACAGAUAUAAAAAUCAGAAGUCUGUUAAGGACUUGAAAUAAAUAUAUGGACAUCAGGUGUAAUACUUAAAAGUUGACCUAUCUUUUAGUUAGAAUAACAGUAAUAUACUCACAAAUUAGAAUAUACUUCCAUAGCAAUAUAAUAGCAGCUACAGUCAUCAGUAAACUAAAAAUACAAUUAAUUUAGGAGGGGUUAAUGGAAUUUCGCAGGCCUAGAAAGUCGCCAAAUUGAGUAUAAAGAAAAAGCAAUUAUGA